AUGCAAUCGCUUGUUACAAUUGCGAUCAUGUUUGCAUUAUCGAAUGCACAAGUGUACACAAUGCGAAGUGACCUGGAUGAGACCUCUAUAUCAAAUUCACAUACAGACUCGGAUCGCGUCCCGCUAACUCCAACACCAACAGGCAAAACGACACAUCGAAUGUGGAUUCCAAUUACAAACCCGCCAGCUAAGUCGUUGAAGUCGGAUGCAAUUCCGAGUAAAGAGAAAGUGACGUCUGCCACGAAACCACCUCGUACUCGGCGGGACCAGGUGAAUGUAAAAACGACGCAACCACCUGCGACUAAAGCGCCGAAGGCUAUGGGGCGGACGCCAACGGCAACGAAUGACAGUAGUUCAGCAAAUUUAGAGAAUACUGCGGAUUUAGAAAGCAAUUCAAAGCCAGGAACUGUUGCACCAAGUCCUGACUUAGAGGCCUCGAAUACGACCAAGUCCAAAAAGUAUCCAAAAGAGACAGCGCCUCCUGACGAUUCAGAUUCGAAGGCAAAAAGUAUCACAUUUACCAAGUCGCCGUUACUCGCGCUGGAAGCACCCGUGCCAUAUGCCGUUCCCACUGCAGAUGACUCAAAGUCGGAGAAGCCGGGAUCGAGGUCCAGCUUUAACCUUAUAUCCAACGAGCUAGAGUCACCGUCAUCCACGACCAAGCUGAAGACUCCUGAUUUAAAGACGAAGAAAGAAGUGCCGAAGACUCCUGAUUUAAAGACGAAGAAAGAAGUGACGAAGACAACAUCGGAAUCGGAUUCGGCAUCCUCGUCUACGCCAAGCUCAAAAUCGUCCAACUCGAGCAAGCCGGGCUCGUCGUCCGAAUCGUCCAACUCGAGCGAGCCGGGCUCGUCGUCCGAAUCGUCCGAAUCGUCCAACUCGAGCGAGCCGGGCUCGUCGUCCGAAUCGUCCAAAUCGAGUAAGACGGACUCGUCGUCCGAAUCGUCCACGUUGAACAAGCAGGGUGCUGCGUCCGACAUUGAUGAUACUAAAAACCCGCCCGCCACACCGCCAACGGCAUCCACGUCGACUGCGGAGUCAAUAUCAGAAGCAUCGUCUGGAGCCUCUGUAAUGGCAGACUCUGCAUCAGUUGAAGCACCAGGCAUGGCAAACACUCAUAUGCUUGGGCUCAUGAUGGGAGGUGCAGUAGCACUUGUGAUGCUCAUUGCAGUCUUUGUCUACAUCAAGAUGCAUAAGAAUAAUGAUGAGAUUGACGACAUGGACCCGGUUCUACAGACAGCACGUCUCGAUGGAGUCAAGAGCACAGCGCAAUCGUCAACGAUGGCUGCUAACUUCCAUAAAAACGACAACAUGUCACCGACUGAGCACGACAACGACAACUUUUACCCCAACAACCAAAAUCACAAUCACCAGUACGACCAGGAUGCGUAUGGCCGAUACCACAGUCAAGGCAAUUCGGUCAAUUACAACGAUUCGAACCUUGAUAUGCUUACACCGAGUAGUCAAAUUGCGCUUGCACACUCAGAGGUAUCGCUGCCGCCCAUGGCCCAAACUGGUUAUAGCAACGGCAGUAGUCAAUACUCGAGUUCCAUGACGCACUCAAAUUUCUAUGGUGACAGCGCAUACAGCAACGAUUUUUCGUCUGGGAGUCAGGUUGUUAAAAAUUAUCCAGGUAUGCGCAAGGGCAAUAGGGAGAACGACAUUUCUGGGUCGGAAGAUGAAAGUGAUUUUGAAGGUGAUGCGACCCAGGAUAUGUCGCAUGCGACGAACAAGUGGAAGUCCGCAGGACGGAACCGACGAGGUGAAAAAGCGAGCGGGAUGGAUCGGUCAUUUGAGGAUACGCAAUUUGGGUCUGCGAAUUCACGUUCCACGUCAGCAAGUGAUUAUACUGGCAAGAAUCGUUUCAAGGAGUCCGAGUAUACGGAAUAUCGCAUGUCGACAGAUUACGAAAACUCUCACGUAGGAGGAGGCAAGGACUAUGACAAUAGCUUUGCAUCGAGCAAAAGUGGCUACGACAACAGCUUUGCGGCGAGUAAAAGUGGCUACGACAAAAGCUUUGCGGCAAGUGAUAGUGGAUAUGACCAAAGCUUUGCGGCAAGUGAUAGUGGAUAUGACCAAAGCUUUGCUGCUAGUAAAAGCGGUUACGAUAGCCGACAUGCUAGUGGCAAGAGUUUCGAGAGCAGUGGAUUCAGUGAGUACGACCAACAUGGGAAUGGUGACUCAUCUUCAUUCUAUCAAAGUAAAAAGUUACGCUUUACGGAUGCGUCAUACAAAUGA